AAAUAGCUUUAUCUCUGGACAAUUCCCUCUCCCUCUUUGUGGACUCAGUUUCCCUCUCCUUCUAACUGGAUCAAUGGAUCAGACUAUGGAAGAAAAGUCCUUGAUAUUUAGCUUUAUGUUCUCAUUUUUUUCCUAUUUUCACCCCCUGCAGUUCACUCUCCCUUAUAUUUUCCUUGGAAUCAUUUUAUUUUUCACCCAUAACCCAUCUCAUCUCCUCCUUUCCUUUUCUUGUCUCCCCAGUAGUCCCCAGCAAGAUCUCCGUGCUGCUGCUUGGCAGGAACAUUACCCCCAUGGCCUCAGCAAAGACCCUGGCAAUGAUGUGAGAUGAGGUCUCAUGCCCUGUCUGCCUGGAUCCCCUAGAGAAGCCUGUGAGCAUCGAAUGUGGCCACAACUUCUGCUAAGAAUGCAUCUCUGAGGUGGGGAGAAACAGAGGCAGUGCCUGUCCUGUGUCCCGGAAGAAAUUCCUGCUCAGGAACCUCCAGCCUAACCAGCAGCUAGCCAACGUGGUGGACAACGUCAAGAAAAUGAGCCAAGGCACCAAGGAUGACACAAAGGGGGAUCAGUGUGGGAUACAUGGAGAGAAACUUCACCUGUUCUGUGAGAGAGAUGGGAAGUUCCUUUGCUCGGUAUGUUCCCAGUCCCAGAAACACCGUGAUCACCCCAUGAUCCCUAUUGAAGAGGCUGUUCAGCAGUACCAGGAGAAGCUCCAGGUGGCAUUAGGGAAACUGAGAAAAGAGCAAGAGUUAGCUGAGAAGUUGGAAGUGGAUGUUGCAAACAAGAGAGCUGCAUGGAAGGAGAAGGUUGAGAUGCACAAAUCAAGGAUUCAUGCAGAGUUUGUGCAGCAGGGAAACUUCCUGAUUGAAGAGGAAGAGAGGCAGCAGCAGCAGCUGGAGAAGGAAGAGCAGGAGAAGUUAAGAAUUCUUGGGAAGACUGAGUCCAAUCUGGCCCAGAAAAGCCAAGCCCUGCAGAACCUGGUCUCAGAGUUGGAGAGGAGGAGUCAGGGCUCAGCGCCAGAACUGUUGCAGGCGGUGGGAAGUAUCCUGGAAAGGAGUGAGGCCCGGAACCUGCAGGAGCUGGAUAUUGUCUCCCCAGACCUGGAAACUGUGUGCUUGGUUCCAGGACUGAAGAACAUGCUGAGGACGUGUGCAGCGUACAUCACUCUGGAUCCAAACUCUGCCAAUUCGUGGCUCAUCCUCUAUAAGGAUUUCAGGGAAGUGAGUCUUGGAGACACCCAGCAAGAUGUAUCUGAAAAUGAAGCAAGAUUUGAUAGUUUUCCCAUGGUCCUGGGUGCCCAGCAAUUCAUUUCCGGAAGAGUUUACUGGGAGGUCGAUGUUGCCGGAAAAGAGUCCUGGGACUUGGGGGUUUGCAGAGACUCUGUGCAGAGGAAGGGGCAUUUUAUGGUCAGCUCCACAAAUGGCUUCUGGGCAAUAUGGUUGUGGAACAAACAAAAAUAUGAGGCCAGCACCUCCCCAAAGACCACACUCCACCUUCAGGUGCCUCCACGCCAGGUUGGGAUCUUCCUGGACUAUGAGGCCAAUACUGUCUCCUUCUAUAACAUCACUGACCAUGGUUCCCUCAUCUAUACCUUCUCUGACUGUUCCUUCACUGAACCUCUGAGGCCUUUCUUCAAUCCUGGUUUCAAUAACACAGGAGAAAACUCAGCCCCUCUGACCCUCUGUCCUCUAAGGGUGGGGAAAGGAGGGUCCCACUGACUGCUAACGACUGUCUUCUGGAUAUUGCUGCCCACCUCCCUUAGCUGCUGACUCUUAGCCACUGAUUCUGCUUCUUUUCCCAUUAACUCUGAGCCACCUCUGCCUCUGCAGAGAUCUCAGAAUCAGAGAAAACAGGUGUGGGCAGGGAGGUCACUGAAAAUCAAUGUCAGAUGGUCUUAAACAUGAAUAUUCCUGCCAUAGAUUGUUCAUGAUUGCCUCCAAGGAAGCAAAUGACUCAUGUUAUGGCCAAAUUCCUCUGGAUCAAUUAAACACAUGUUUCUGCCAUCUU